AGCAAACUCCUGUUAUAAUAUUGCUCUCAGAUUAUAUACAUGAUUUUUUUUAGUGGGUUAACAUUACUUUUAUAAGUAAUAGAGCUACAUUUUUGGUCCACUUAUAGCAGUCAGUGCUGCAGCUGCUGGUGCUGACUCAAGAGGAGGAGAGGAAGCAACUUAUCACAUUAAUACAUGGAAUCUCCAUAAAGGAUGUGCAGGCACCAGCAUUCACAGUGCCUCCAAAAUAUGACAAUCAUCAUCAAGUUCCUUUGAGGAAUGGCUGUAUUAAAAGGCUGCAUCAAAUUCAUGCUUGGUUGCAGGCACACAGUGGUACUCAGAGCCCUCUACAGCAAACUAACCCUGAACCACAACCGAUGGCCCAGCUCAAAGUGCAGGCCUACAGAGAAUGGUCCCAACUUCUCCUGGAAGACUGUGCCCUGCUUCUUCUAACCCAUCUAACAGAACUUCAGGAAGUCCAAGCUUCUGCUUUACUGCAAGCGAUGAUGGAUGGGAAUGCACAGCUUCUCCAGGCUUUGCGGGAUAAAUAUAAAUCUGAAUUUCAAGCUCAGUGCUUUAGCAACCUGCUCCACCUCCUGAUCUCAGAUGCCCCCCUUAGUUCAGGCUCUAUGUUAAAUCCUUAUCCAAACUUUACUGAAACCAGCAGCAGCAAGCAAAUCAUAGUUCAGUCCUCUUACACUGGACAGGCAGAAGUCCAAAACAUGAGUGGGGGAUCAGCUGAAGCUGAGACGGUUGAUUCAAGCAAAAGCAGCAACAGUGUAGUGAAUGAAGUCCAAAAUGCGGAUGGGACUUACAAACACGAUUUCUGUUCAGGUUGUGGAGCAGUCAUGGAGGACCUGCCCUACUUGGAGAUCCUGUGUGUGUCAGAUGCUCGUGAGGGUCUUGCUGCAGAUGGAGGAGCCAAAGAGGAAGCAGAGGGCAGUGAAUUAAAGAGCCCCCAGAGCUGUGAGAAACAGGGCUCUUUAAUCACCCUCGCCUGGAGCAAACCACCAGAGGAUGACAUAUACAGCGCAGCAGAGCCUGCAGAUGGGUGUACAGGAGAGAUUCAGGAUGGUGCAAGAAGUCUGAAGACGCAAGCACGGCCUACACAAUGUGAUGUGUCAGAUCAAGAGAGAGAUGGAGAAGAGCUGAAACCUACUGGGUUGAAGUCUGGUACUCCAGAUCACUGUGACACACAGUCUGCAAACCAGCAGUGCAGCACAGUAGAAGAGGUACUUCAUAAGAGUGUAGCAGAACGUAAUUCACUGUGA